AAAUCGACCAAAAAAGGCUUUAAAAGCGCACAAUGGAAGUAAAUGGCGCCAUGAUGUCUACUCAUAUAUAUAUAUACCGUUACAGAUUUUGACCAAAAAAGGCUACAAAACCGCACAGUAGGAGAAAAAAAAUGACGCUAUGAAGUCCACUCAAAUAUACACGGUCAUUGGUAUUAACCAUUUGUGGAAACUACACUUCCCAACAUCCGUUUUAAACAGGAAGCGACUGCUUUUGCGGAGAUUAGCAGGCUGUUGCUAACUUUAAUUUACAUGUUAGCUUUCGUGGGUACAUAAACUAGAAGGUGAAUAAACAUUUAAAGAAGUCGACUAUUGAAAUAUACAUUUAGCUGCAGCUUAUUAAGGUGUAGGAGAGAUGCUGUGUGCUCUGCAACAUGCGUCCCGCUGAACCAGGUGCGAAAGAUGGACGCCAUUGCAAGACUAACAAAACCAAGAACAACCGGGGAGCUGUAGAUGAGUGUCCUCCUGAAUCCUGCAGCGAGAGCAAAAAAUCCAAAACAGUAGGAUUAUCUCUCAAGAAGCCCGGUCAAACCGUUCCAGCUACUGCCAGUGAAAAGGAUGCUUGUCCGUCUAAACAUGGAAAAAGCAAAGAGAUGACUUUCAGUAUGCAAGCAGCUCCUGAGCAAGAAGCCAAGUCUUCAAAUCAAGAUCGUCAUCUGUGCAAGCGUCCAGAGGAGAUGUCGACAGCGGUGGAUAACAGUGAGGAGGAUCUGUACAGGGCAGCAGAGGAAAUAGAGCAGGAAAGACAGGAGAAGCAGCUGUCACAUGCAGCUUCAGUGCCUAGUUCUGAGGACCAGACCAGUGUGUCAGCUCCUGAGGGUCUGCUAUCCUACAGUCAGAGAGAAUGGAAAGGAAAUACCACCAAAAGCCACCUUAUCAGAAAAGGGUAUGAAGCUAUAGCUCAAAAGUUUGAGAGUCUGCGCAGAGUACGAGGUGAUAACUACUGCGCUCUAAGGGCAACCCUCUUUCAGCUCUUCAGCCAGUCUUACAUACUCAGUAACUGGCUGCAAAAUGCAGAAAUUGUUCAGCUGGAGUGUGUGCAAGAUUUAGUGGAAGAAUGGAGGUUUCCUUUCGGGAGCAGAGAUGAAGGAGGAGCAGUGGAACAGUUGGAACAUUGUCUAAAUCUCCUUAGAGUCAGGUGGCAGGAGGCAGUUCAGUGUGAGAGUCCAGCGGAGCGGGAACGUUUUUGCCAGCAACUGUUUGUGGGGGGCCGUGAAGAAUAUGAGCUGCUGGAGGCCCUGAAGUUCUUGAUGCUGAAGACAGUUAUUCAGCUGCACUCGGCCAUGAAGAAGGGCUCCAGUGUGCCUGAGUUCUGCUGGCUUCUUUUUGCCCGUGACACCUCCAAAUGUCCCAGGAGCUUUCUCAUUAAUCAUCUCAGACAUGUGGGUUUCAGCGGAGGUCUGGAACAGGUGGAGAUGUUUCUGCUCGGCUACUCGCUACAGCAUACGCUUCAGGCCUAUCGGCUCUACAAGACCGAUACAGAGGAGUUCAUCACCUACUACCCAGAUGACCACAUGACGGAGUGGCCUUGCCUUAGCCUGGUCACCGAGGACGAUCGACACUAUAACGUGCCAGUCCCUAAACAGCCCAAACUGCAAUCCACAAAACCUGACAAGUCAAUCAGGCCCAAAUGGAACUUGCCUUCAAAUGGAACAGGAAAAACUACACUUCUAUAGAGAAAAUCUGAUGACAAUGACACAGCCUCCAAACGUCUGGAGGCUUUAUUAUGUCAGAUCAUUUUCAGCCACAGACCUUCCAUCCUUUAUGCAUUUUGCAUAGAAUUCAGCAUUGGCGUGAGCUGAGGAGUCUUCUGGGGAUUUUUUCCUCCAGUAUAAAUGACAGAUAAGCCAAUCAAUAUGUGAAUCUAGACAGACUGACUGACAGUUGCACAGAUAUUUUGAUCUCUCUGAUAUUAGCUGACACCUUGGAAGUCCCACCCCUUCCCCUUAUCUCACAUUAGUAAUCUCUCGUCUGCUCUUGAUUUUCCGGUUUGAAAGAUGCACUGUGCAGGUAAACGGAGCGUGUUUUCAUGCGAAAAAAAAAUCUAUUAAUGUAUGUUCGACUCGGCUAACAUUUAGACUUUUUUUUUGUUUUGUUUUGUUUUUUGUUUUUAUAUAUAGGCUAGUUAACGUCAUUAAUCAUUAUAUUUAGUAGGGAUUCCAUUGAAAGAGACACUUGUUUAUGGAAUUCAAUUCGUGCCAAAUGUAUUGAACGUAAACCUUUCAAGAAAUAAACAAAAAUAUGCUAUGAGAGAAUAAAAACACCUCCAAGCAUGUAAGUAUAAACUUACUUCAAGUAAAAACAAGGAGUGCACAACAGCGAACAUUACAGGCUAGCUGAGAAAAGUGUCUGCAGACAGGGCUGGGUGUGAAAACGGCUCUUAUCCGGUAUGUUCUUGACAGUCAGCUGCCGUCGCUUAUUGGCAAUGAGGGAGUCUGAUGUAAUAACGUACUGUAUUACGCACUUUUAUACAGGUGUUUCAGUCCAAGGUAAUUAACAUAACAAGCUAAUGAACUUCAUUUAAAAUCCGCUAACGUUAUAAACACCAAGCCUCGUAGAUUAAUGAAACAUGUACAGCACUAAAUAAAAUGUUCAGUAACAAUUGUGAUCAAUACUAAACGCCAAUUCAGACCAGACCUAAUUCGGUUCAGUUAAUAUUUGAUUUCGUGCUUUUUUUUUUUCUUUUCUUUUCUUUCACACAUGGCUUUUACACUAGGCCGUUAAUUAUUAAAGAUUUCGCAGCUAGUAUCUCUCUCGCAUGAACCGUAAACUCAUCUACGCAUAACUGAUAACUGAAUGCUGGAAUUCCCGAAACCAAUUCAAAAUCAGAGUGCACUGUUGCGCGUUCUGCUGUCAGUAGUUCGUAUGGAAACACACUUGAAACACGUCCAGUAACUGUUUCUACCUUCUGAGAAUGUUUUGUGAAAGGAAUAGAUUGAAAAUGUAUUGAGUUUUUAUAUUCCCCAAACGUCCGCACAUUCCCAACCCUCCUCACAAGUUUCCUUCUGUUUUUGUCUAUUUAUUUAAUUGCAAUAAUUCAAUAAACAAACCAGUUUAUUAGGCAUUGUUUGCACAGGUUUAGCAACGCUAUAACGGAAUGCUGAUGCAAAAUUCAGGGACUACUGUACGUACCUAAACAAUAUACCGAAUUAUAGACGAUAUAUCUGGAGGAGACUGGAUUUAAAUUAGAAAUUCAGAAAGUGCAAUUUUAGGUUUUCCGAAAGGAAGUCCUCAUCUGGCUGAUUGUCUUUUGUUUGUCUAAUUUAUGAAAGUGAAAUGAAAAAUAUUUAAUUUUCUAAAAUGUCAUUUAGGUUUACUCUUUUAGAAGUAAUUACAUUUAUACAUAGCUUUUUGGGUUGUUUUUGGUUUUUUUUGCUUUUCCAAACAUGCUGCAAGAAAUGAAAUCAUACGAGAAUUGCACAUGUAGCUUUAUUUCAGAUCCGACUUUUAUUUCCGUCUUCAUGAUAAAUUGUGUGUUUGUGCAUGUUUCUCUCAGGCAAGACAAUAAAACGUCUAAUUGGUGAGA